GCCCUCCCAGUCCUUCGUUCUCUCCGGGGCAUCCUCCCUAUGCCUCUCUGAGUCUUUUUUCCUCUCCUCCUUGACCCCACCCUCCACCUCCUGCCAACCGGGCUCCCUGUUCCUGUCUUCUGCUUCCUCGUUCCCGCCUGCCCGGCCCCCUGGCCACUUCCACCUCCCGGCGGCAACCUUCCCUCGCAGGUGCGCCCGGCACCCCGGCGCUCCGCUGUGCGCUUGCGCUCUGCACCCGCCAGAGCCGGGCCAGCCGCCGGAGAAGCUUCUGCGCCGCCGGUGCAGUUUGCGCGGGAUCCGAGCUCCUGGCCGACGCUCGCGCCAGGCUGGGACAGGUGGCUGCGCUCACCCACAAGGCCGCCCUUCUGCCCGCGAUGGGCUGCUCCAGCAGCGCCCUCAACAAGGCCGGCGACGGCAACAGGCUCCGCAGCGAAGAAAGCGAGUCCUGCUUUGCCCAACCCAAACCACAUACUCCGGGAAAAGAAUCAUCUACUCUUUACGGCAAGGUACAAAAGGAAAGUCCUCCUCCAUUAGAGAAGCUCAAGAUUUCAGCAGCAUCUACAGCUAAUGGUGUUAAAUCCCUCCGGGAACAGCCCCUGGCAGACGAUACUACAGACCCACCAGGACCUACAGAAGACGCUCAGCCUUUAGAAGGACCCAGGGAAUCUGAGCCACUUCAGCCGCAUGUCAAAGAUGAUACUCCCGGAGCAGGAGAGAAGAAUGACUCGGAAGCAGUGACAGAGGCUCAGUCUUUAAAAGGAAAUGCUGAGACUGAAUCUGCAGGAAGAGAUACGAAGUAUCAGCCGUCGAGGAUCACAGGAGAGAGGGACUCUCCUGGAGCAGUGGAAGGUACUGAGAAUCCACAAACUGCCAGAGAGAUGAAACCUCUAGGAACAGAGGAGGAAGUUCCUCCUCUGGAAGCAGCUAGAGAGCCACAACCUCAAGAAGCAAUGGGAAAGUGUGAACAGACCCAGCUCCCAAAAACAGUUCCCAAGGAGAAUGAAUCUCCAGAAGGAUUGGAAGGGGGUCAGUUUGUGGAAAUGGCUGGAGAGCAGAAACUUCAAGAAACAUUGGGAAAAGAUGAGCAAUCCCAACUUCUAGAAACAAUUCCCAAAGAGAAUGAAACACCAGAAGUAUUGGAGGAAAGUCAGUUUGUGGAAACAGCUGUAAACAAUGAUUUGCUCCAUAAAACUCCUGAAGGCCUAGGAAACAUGGAGCAGAUUCAACCUGAAGGGAUAGUUGGAAGCAUGGAGCAUCCAGUGGGAAUUCUAGAAACAGGAGCUAAUAUGGAAACGGUCAGGAAAACUCACACUAAUGAAGAGGACCAACACAUUGAAGGUGAGACAGGAGAAAAAGUUGAAACAGAGAUGGAGGAUGAGAAAGUAAGUGAAGGGACUGGAACAAAAGAAGAAGAAACAGGGGAAGCUGUGGACCUUUCAGCAGCCAUGUAGAUGGAUGUGGUAGCAGAAGGAUGAAUAGGCACAGGUGUUGUGAUAGAAAAUGUAGUGAAGUGUGUGACUUCAGAUCUGAUUGUGUCUAUAAAUGUCUAUGUGUUUUAUACAAGGAGUAUGGUUAUCAUGUUCUUGAUUACAUUGUUCCAUGAAACUGCUAAGCUGUACACAGUUUUCUCAGGCACUUAGAAUAGUUAUACAUUUAGAACUACAGUAGCCACGGCCAGUAAGGACUAGGGUAUAGGAUCACUGAAGAGUGUGAGGGUGUUUUCUUCACUGUGGCAACAUGUCCAUUCGGUUCAGAAAAUGACACCCUAAAAAGAAAGUAUAAACCUUAGGUGUAGGUGGCUGGAGAAAAGAGUUAAAUUUUAGGGAGCAUAUGAUAAUCAAGUAACACAGUUAUAAUUACAAUGGGAUAAGAAUGAACAACAACAUCAGGGCAAACUAUAUCUAGUGGGUUUUUUUUUUUAUUUCGUAUUUUUUUUUUUUCUGUUGCAGAAUUUAAAGCUGGUAGGAACCUACUCACCUUAAGUCUGUCUACUACCAUAGACUCUUAUUUAUGUCAAAGGAGUGCAGUCUCUGGUGCUGUUGCAAGAUCAGGCAUUUCCACACUGAAAGGCUACACGUUUUUCCAGGUGCCAUUUUAAAUCAGUUGUUGAUUUUACACUUAUGUGAAGGGUUUCAUUGGUGUUACCCUUUUAACUGACAUUAAAGGCGUUUUAAACUUAUUGACUUUUAAACGUAUUUCAGAGACAACAGACAGCAAGAAUUAAAACUUAGAUUUGCUGCCUAUGUGGAAUUUAUUCCCUGGGUCCUGUUUUGUUUUGUUUUUCAGAUUGCUGUGGCUUAAUGUUAGGCUUUAGAGGUAGAAAGGAGCUAAGAAAUCAAGAUUUAGAAACCAUUUAUAAUAUUGCAUUAAUGUUAAAAUGAUGCACCAUUGAAAGUUACUUUUCACGAAUUCUUCCUAAGUUGCCAAGGGAUUUUGGUAAAAGAUUAUACAUGAAUAUAGUAAUGACAAUAGCAAUCUUGUCUACCAUUGAGGACCUGUGUUUAUGUAUAUCAGGAUAGAAUUAUAUUUUGGAAACAUUUUGUUUCCUUUUCUUAUUUGUAAAUGUGUAUUUUUAAGAUAACUGCUCAGAUGAAUUAACUAGACUCUUUUAUUUUUAAUUUUUUUUUAAUUUAGUUAACAUAUCAUGCAAUAUUGGUUUCAGGUUUAGAAUUCAGUGAUUCAUCACUUACAUACAGCACCCAGUGCUCAUCACAAGUGACCUACUUACUACUCAUCACCCACAGCCCAUCUGCCACCCACCUCCCUCCAUCAACCCUCAGUUUGUUCUCUAUUGUUAAGGUCUCUUGUGGUUUGUUUCCCUCUCUUCUUUCUCACCCCCCCCCCCCCCGUUCAUCUGUUUUGUUUCUUAAAUUUCACAUAUGGGUGGAAUCAUAUGGCAUUUGUCUUUCUUGGAUUUGACUUAUUUCACUUAGCAAAAUACAUUCUAGCUCCAUCCACAUCAUUGCAAAUGGCAAGAUUUCAUUCUUUUUGAUGGCCAAGUAAUAUUCCAUUGUAUAUAAAUAAUCUCUUCUUUAUCCAUUCAUCAGUAGACUCUUUUACUUUGGCUUUUAUAUUAAAAUGACUACUAAGAUGACUUGUAAUUAAUUUCAAGAAUAUAGCAUAAAGUGAAGAAUUAUCUUUAUUCUGAUUUUAAUAGUAGUUUAUGUUUCUGACUUUAAAGAGUUGAAGUAGACAACAAGAGGGGGUACUUGAGUAGAUGAUGUCCCCCUUUCUGCAAAGUAGCUCGAUUGUGAUUUUAUUGAGACCAAGGACUGUUUUGUGUAUCUUUGAUUCAGGCAUUUAUCUCCUUUCAUGGAACAUUAUAGGCACUUGAUAAAUAUUUGUCAAAUCAAUACAUGAAUAAUAAAUACCCAUUUAUGUUUAAUUCAUUAGAAAAGAAUAUAUUUAAGAUAUCAAUUUGUGUAGCACUAACAUUUUCUUGAGGGCUGCUCAAACUCAGCAACGUGCUAUAUAUUUGGUGUAGUUUUCUGAAAACAGCAAAAUUUUGAGGUCAGGAAGUGUAUAAAUUAGAACUGAUAUAACAUCUCUCAAGCUGACUUUUGUAAUCCAAAGGUGUUUUUCCUGACCAAAAGGU